AUGUCUCUCCCUAAAACAUUGGCGCAGAUUCUCUUUGUAGGAACACAGAUCGUCGGCAAGGCCUUGCUAGAAGCCGGACGACAAGCAGGAAGGAAUGCUCGUGCAGGCAGAGUAGAGGCCUCGGCAGCUGGAGCUGCGGGUGUAGGAUCCGGAUCAGCGGCAUCGCCUUCUGACCAACUCACCAGAACACACCGAAUGACGCUGGACGAAGCCAAACUUAUCCUCAACCUUAAGCAGGACAUCUCGGCAGCAGGACUCGGUGGCUCGACAUCAUCAGCAGCAGCAGGCGAGGGCAAGUCAAUACUCGACCAGGUUCGCGAAGCCAUGGUUAAGAACUACGACCACCUGUUUGCGACCAACGCUCCUCCCGCACCCAAAGGCCAGAAGGGCGGCGGAGCCGGUUCGUUCUACAUUCAGAGCAAGGUGGUUCGAGCUCGCGAGCGAAUUGAAGCCGAGUGGGGAUUGUUGGAUGCCGGCAAGAAGGCGGAAGCUGGGGCGGCCGAAGGGUCUGCAGCGGAAAGCAAGCCGGAUCAGGCCGAAAAGACACCAUGA